CCACUGUGUGUCUCCUCAUUUCAUUCUGACACUUAGCAGCGCUCCAGCACAUCAAAUAUUAGCGAUAUCUUUCACGUUUCUUCAUGAUGGAGUUCUCUCCGAAGUCCCGGGGCACAUGGCCGGCUCUCUGCAUCGCCGUGUUCAUGAUGACGGCUUCAGCUGAAGGUGUAAUCAUAAAGGAAGCUGCCAUGUUUACUUCUCUGGAUUCAGUGGGUUAUUACUUCACCAUGGAGAUCAUGAAUCGCGUCUACAACAAUUCACUCCUGGACCCCAAAUCUCCUGACUAUCAGAAGAUGUACAAUGAAGUUAGCAGCGCACUCUACAGCAUCUACGGCUCCCCCGACUCUCCAACUGCAUCAUUUUAUCAAGGUGUGCAAGAGAUGAGUUUCAGAAAUGGAUCGGUGAUCGCAGAGUCCACCGUUACAUUUAAAGGAGUCAUGACUAAUAGCGUUAUGCUCGAAUACAUUUUUAAUCAGACUCUUCUCAGCAAUUCUGAAAUUGAUGGCCUUCAAAUCAAGCUCGACUCUAUAGAUGAAAAACAUGCAUCAACCACAAAAUCACCAAUAGAAAAGUUCAACAAAACAACCACCACACCAACCACCACAACCACAACACCAACACCAACCACACCAACCACCACAACACUAACCACACUAAGCACCACAACACCAACCACAACACCAACCACAACACCAACCACCACAACACUAACCACACUAAGCACCACAACACCAACCACAACACCAACCACAACACCAACCACCACAACACUAACCACACUAAGCACCACAACACCAACCACAACACCAACCACAACACCAACCACCACAACACUAACCACACUAAGCACCACAACACCAACCACAACACCAACCACCACAACACUAACCACACUAAGCACCACAACACCAACCACAACACCAACCACCACAACACUAACCACACUAAGCACCACAACACCAACCACCACAACACUAACCACACUAAGCACCACAACACCAACCACAACACCAACCACAACACCAACCACCACAACACUAACCACACUAAGCACCACAACACCAACCACCACAACACUAACCACACUAAGCACCACAACACCAACCACAACACCAACCACCACAACACUAACCACACUAAGCACCACAACACCAACCACAACACCAACCACAACACCAACCACCACAACACUAACCACACUAAGCACCACAACACCAACCACCACAACACUAACCACACCAAGCACCAGAACACCAACCACAACACCAACCACAACACCAACCACCACAACACUAACCACACUAAGCACCACAACACCACCCACCACAACAACAACAACUAUCACACCAACCACCACGACACCAACCACAACACCAACCGCGCCAAGCACCACAACACCAACCACCACAACACCAACAACUAUCACACCAACCACCACCACACCAAAAACCACCACACCAACCACCACCACAACUACAAUGCCAACUACAACACCAACAACAACAACAAAACCAAAAACAACAGCCACCACAACACCUAAAAUGACCACAGCAACUAGCAAACAAAGCUCUAGCCCUGUAAUUUUACAAACAACAAAGCAUCCAGAACACAGUGCAUCCUCCUCCUCCUCCUCCUCCACCACACCCACCACUAAGUCCUCCUCCAACACCAAAAUUAACAACACAGCACCUGUUAUCAUAACCAGCAACCCAUCAUCUGACCAUGGUGAAGGAGUACCUGGAUGGGCUAUCGCUUUACUUGUGCUGGCCUCCAUCGCCAUCCUGCUCCUCAUCAUCAUAAUCAUCAUCCUGCUGAUAAGAUGGUGUUGUGUGGAUGACAGCGAUGAAGUUCGUUCUCUGCCACCACAGGAACACACUCCGUAUAUGAGAACUACCUUCAGAGAGCCGCUCUCUGUUCCAGCGUACAGCCCUCACACACCACAAAAGAGCCUCUAUCCUUUCGAGGAUCUAACUCAAAGUCCAAAACCUAAACCUAACCGAACAGGGACGUAUGUAGUGAAUCCAGAGAGAUGAUGAAGUAAAGCACCAAUACUGUAUGUGAGAUUUAAAAGAGAUGAAAAAGAGUCAUUGUGGAUCCUCGCGGACUGAAACCCGGUGUGCUCAUGACGUCCGUUUCUCAACAAAACUAACAUGUAUAUCAUGAUCUCAGGAAUAUGUAGAAGUAUUAUAGCCAGGAAUAUGAAAAUUGGUGUCAUACUAUUUAUUACUCAUGUAUUACUCGUGUAUGUAUCACUCAUGUAUACUGUUUCUAAGGCUAACUCUUUUAACCUCAUCUGAUCGGAUCUGAUCUGAUCUGCAGUCAGAAUUAACCUUAGAUAAGGUUCUCUGCUCUCUGGAAAAAAAUAUAUACAACAAGAACACGAAGCUAUAAACGGCAGAAUACUGAUUUUUUUUUUUUUUAAUUCUUAUACACUUUCAUUUAUUAUACAGAAUUAUAAAAAAUUAUUGUAAAAAAUCUAAGAUAUAUGUUUUAUAUUGUAUUAACAUUUUAAUGGUUUUAAGGGGAAAAAAUAAAAUCUAUUAAAAUACA